CGAGCCUCCCAGUCACUGACGUCAGAUCGGCUGUCUUGUGGAUGAGUCCGCGCUCAGGAGCAUCCAUUCUUCCUCCCAUAGGCGCUCCGGAGAGACAGAAGAAAAAGAGAUGCAAGAGACGCCAAGUGAGAGUUUGGUGCAACUUUGAUGAAGACAGGAGCACGGAGCGCUGUCACACACAGGGACUGUCCUCCUUUUUCAGACUGGUACCGAGCAUCACUUCGGACAGCGGACCACAUCUCCAUCAUUUGAUCGUAUAAGAGGAGAGAAGAAAUCGGUUUAAGUCUCGCAAAGGAAUCACGAAAUCGCGUGAAUAAGGUUGGAUUUUUGUGACUGCUGACAAAAAGCCAUGACCCUGAACGCCUCUGACCUGGACUGGGAUGAGUCCUCAGGUGCAGACCCCUUCCUUCCUCUGGAUCGACUGGAUAGCUCAUAUGAAGUCCCGCCCCUCACAGUGUGGGGUGUGGCCCUCUGUGUUUCAGGAACUGUCAUUGCCACUGAAAAUGCAGUAGUUGUCACCACCAUCCUUGCCACCCCAUCUUUUCGUGCCCCUGUUUUUCUGCUGCUGGCUAGCCUCGGUUUGGCCGAUCUCCUGGCAGGUGUUGCUUUGAUCUUGCACUUCCUUUUCCUGUUCUGCAUUGAGCCAAGUGAUUGGUCAGAAUUGCUGACCUCAGGACUGCUGGUGACAUCACUGAUUGCCUCACUCUGUAGCCUGAUGGGUGUUGCUUUGGACCGAUACAUGUCUUUAAGCCACGCCCUCACCUAUGGUUCAAGUGAAUCCCGUUACAGAGCCGCCAUUCUCCUGCUGCUGAUCUGGUUGGGUGCCUGUGUCAUUGGGGCGGGACCUGCAAUGGGAUGGCACUGUCUGGGAGAGCCAAACUCCUGUUCUGUAGCACGCCCGCUGACCCGGACAUACCUAUCGCUGCUGUGUGGUGGCUUCCUGGUGGUUGUCAUAGUAACCCUGCAAUUGUACGCUGGGAUCUGCCGUGUGGCAAGGCGGCAUGCCCACGCCAUCGCUACCCAGAGGCACUUCCUCUCUACCAACCAAUCAUAUGCAAGCAAACACAGCAGUGGAAGGGGCUUCUCUCGGUUGAUCCUUGUCCUUAGUGUGUUUGUGGGCUGCUGGAUGCCUUUCUCCCUCUGGGGGCUGCUAGGAGACGCAUCCAGCCCUCCUCUGUACACCUACGCCACCUUGGUGCCAGCAGCAGGCAGCUCGCUGCUGAACCCCAUACUCUACAGUCUGAGAAACAAAGACAUUCGCAAGGUGCUGCUCCAGGCCUGCUGCCCGCACAGAUGCACACACAACGCACACGUACACUACCCUGCUGAUGUGUAGACUGCCAAACCUCACCAGACUCAAACCACCACACAAUCUAUGCCAGACAUAUCACUGUUUGUGUGCCAAUACACACAUAGCUGCAUUGACUAUCAUCCAGACCCAGAACAUGAAUCUCU